GGAUCACUUGAACGCAGCAUCAACCGGCUCUUUGCUGACGAGCCUUCGCUUGUGGAAACAGCUGGUAGUUUCUGCCAGUGAGCAACUCGUGUCGAAAGCAACAUAUAGUGCGACGAAAGCACAAAUUGGACUCGAAAGCGACUGACUCAGCCUCGACUUAACUCCCCGCUGGGGUUCUACCAGGGUUUGGGAGAUGACAUGUCUUAGUGUCGACUUGCCAAACACUUGUUAGCUAACCAAGUGGAAGCGUUGGGCAGCUAACGCUAGCUUAAGCUAAUUUACGAGCACGCGUGGAGGUUUCCUGUCUGUGAGAUUGAAGCGAUUACUUAGUCUAAACAUGACUCAUAUCCAUUAUAAAUUUUCCUCCAAACUCAGCUACGCCACAGUGGUGUUUGACGGGCCGCACAUCACGCUGACGGACCUGAAGGAGCGGAUCAUGGGCAGGGAGAAACUGCGAGCCGGCGAUUGCGAUCUGCAGAUCACCAACGCACAAACCAAAGAAGAGUAUACAGACGAGGAGGGGCUCAUCCCCAAAGGCUCUUCAGUGAUUGUCAGGAGGGUCCCUAACAUCAGAGUCUCUGUCAGGAAGACCCACAACACUGAGCGCUCAGCUGCCCAUUGCCACUUUGCCUCCGGAGUCGUCAAAGCAAUGGAUGACCACAGUUCUUCCAAAUCUCUGCCUUUAUUCUCCAAGAUGGUGAACCUGGCAUCCGCUGAUGUGUCAGAGGAUGAUAAGAUCAAAGUCGUGAUGAAUCAGUCCGCAUACGACCCCAUGACUCUCUCGAGUUACAACAAAAAAUUAGGUGGGGUGCUCCCUGCUAACUACACCUGUUUCCGCUGCGGAAACGCCGGACACCACAUCAGGAAAUGUCCAUCCGCUGGGGAUAAGAAUUUCGAUGCUCCUCCAAAGAUAAAGAAAAGCACAGGCAUUCCUCGCUCCUUCAUGGUGGAAGUGGACGACCCCAACAUCAGAGGAGCCAUGCUGACUAAUUGUGGACGUUUUGCAAUUCCUGCCAUCGAUGCCCAGGCGUACGCCGUGGGCAAGAAGGAGAAGCAUCCCUUUUUGCACCAAGAAGAGAGUGAGCCAGAGGAUGACAACAUCCCUGUGCCCGAAGAACUCCAAUGUCUGAUCUGCCGAGACCUUCUUGUGGAUUCGGUGGUCAUCCCCUGCUGUGGAAACAGUUAUUGUGAUGACUGUAUUCGUACAACCUUGCUGGACUCGGAAGAACACAUCUGUCCCACCUGUCACCAAUCUGAUGUAUCUCCUGACACACUGAUAGCUAAUAAAUUCCUCCGUCAGGCUGUGAAUAACUUUAAGAAAGAGAAAGGCGAUACCAAAAGUCUGAAAGGGAAGUCUGCUGCCCCUCAGUCACUCACUGCAACGCCGACGCCGAACCCCGUUCCUACUCCUUCAGCCACCCAACAAACGAAGAGCCACCAGGCCACCCGCAACCAGCAGGCUGACGUUAACAAGUCUGGGGCUCGUCCUGUUUCCGGCCUACAAUCUUCGGUUGAAGCUCCAGAAAAAACACAAGAUGAUUCGGUGGCUGUUACGCCUCCUGUGUUCUUGAGCAAAGACCCCGCGGCUGUUCAAACGCAGCCAUCGACAAUGGUUCACCAUGACCCAGUGCAGAAAACAUCCUUAGGUCAAACGCCAACCAAAGUGCACAGUUCCUCCUCGUCCUCCGUUUGUCCCGCAGCAGUUACGAGUGAAUUCCAGCCCCUCCCUCCCUCCUCAUCCUCCGUUCCACCUGCUCCCCCGCCUCUCUUCCUCAGCCACCAUUUCCACUCGUUCCCUCCAGGUCAGCAGUAUCUCAGUCACCCGCCAGGACCCCCAGCGGGCCUGCCUAAUUGGACUCAAACAAACCCUCAGGGUCCCCCCAUCCCUCCCCUCAUUCCCUCUUUCUCCCCCGCCAUCCAUCCUCUCACCCAGAGGGAAUGGUUCAGCCAUCACGGACACAUGAGGGAAAGGUCUCCCGGGACACGAUCCACCUACACACGCUCCUCUCGUUCCAAGUCCAAAUCCUCUCGCUCUUCAAGCAGGUCUAGCCGAUCCCGCUCGAAAUCCCAUGGCCGAUCAAGGUCACCAUACUCCCGCCACAGAGUCCCACACAGCCACACCAACCCCUCGCGCUCCUACAGCUACGCUUACAAGAGGUCCCAUUCGCCCUCCUCAUCAUCUUCGCCCCGAGAUGCUUCCCGUUCUACGUCGCGGUCGGAUCACCGCAAAAAACGGCAUCACAGCAAAAAGUCCUCUCAGAACAGCUGCAAAUCCAGGAGACGAGCGGAACACCCGCCGGCUUCUUCCAGAAAUGAGGUGGGUGCCGGUGAACCGACAAGCAGCCAGGAGAUGGAUAUGGAUUGCUACCAGCAAUGGAAAAGACAAUACAAAGAGUGGUACGACAAGUAUUUCAGCAGCUACGUUAGCCACUACCACCAACUGCCACCUCCCCCGGAUCCACUGUUGGCGGAGCGAGCAGAGGGCCGCUCGAGCAGGAAGUUAAACUCCUUCGACCGUCCGCAAUAUCCGCGCAGCCGUUCGACACGCCGCCAUUCGACACGCCGCCAUUCCCCUCCGUCUCAGUCGUCCAGCGAUAGUCGCUCCAGUCACUCUCAAUCUUCCGGCGAGGGUCGCUCCCCUCCGGCUCGAUCUUCGAGUGACUGCAGCUCUCCUCUACCUCACUCGCCCGGUGACACCCGCUCGCCACCAUCCGAGAACGCCGCCCCUCAUCGCGGGAGCACCGAAAAGGACAGCCAAGAACAGGGAGCGACCGUAAAGUCGGAAGAACUCCCUGCCCUCAAACACGAGCAUGAAAGAAAGAUCAAAUGUGACAAAGUCGUGCCAGAAGACCGCACUCGUUCCCCUGAUGCCGCACCUCCAACAAGCAAGAAGGACAAAAGGAGGAAUCACAAGACUUGCCGUGACUCAAUCCCGGACAGCGAUGCUUUGGAAGCCAUCCAAAUGCCACUGAAAUCGAAUCAAAAGGAAAAAGAAAGACAACGGAAACCGGAAAGUGAGAAUAAAUGUGAAAGAGGCAAAGACUCAACAUCUCAGCGUCCGAAGGUCAAGCCCAGGGAAAAGGCUCACAGUGAGGUUAAAGACACACAGCCCGAAGGCUGCAAAGCGACUAAAUCCGAGAGAAAGGAGAAAGGUGCGGGCGAGGAGAAAAAGAAAGAAAAAAGUCCUAUCGCACCACCUGAAAAUGGGCGCACCCAUCUUGAAAUCCCCGAGGUUGAAUGUCCUCAGCCUGUUGACAAAGAAAAGCAACAAGAGCAGAAGAAAGACGAAAAGAAACCACUUCCCCCGAGAGUGAAAAACAUCUGGGAGGAAGGCAUGAACGUGAAACCACAGAAGAAGAUUAGCAUCAACAUCAAACUGGACGGCAAGAGGCCUGAAGAGAAAACCGAAAAACAGGAAUGGCCUUGUUCAGAAAAGAGCGAUGCGAACGAAGAUGCCGAGAAGGUAAAGGUCGAAGCUCCGCAUUCCGAAAAGCAGCAGGCAACUGGGCCCCAUGACCUUUGUGCAGCCCAAGAGGAAGACGGGACAACAUCCCAAAAAGGGGCAGAGAGACAGAAUCUCAAGGAGACCGAGGAAAAUGAAAGCACCAGAAUUGACGACGGCCGAAAGGAGAUGAGCGACGUGAGGGUGGAUGAGAGACUGACCAAUAAUUAUGGAGAAAAAGAGAGGAAGAGUUUGAAGGAGAAUGGAGAGGAUGAGCGCGUGACAAAAGAUGACGGAGGAAAAGAAAGAAGGAUCGCGAAGGAGAUCGAGGAGGAGGACGACGGGACAAAUGUCGAGCGAGGACUCGAACCAGACGAGUCCGUUGCUCCUCCUGUUGAGAAGACGACGGCUGACGAGGCAAACGGCGAAGAGCCAAAACCAGAAGAAGAGCUGAUGGUGGGAGUCGAGAUGAAGACGAGAACUGAUGAAAACGCUGACUGUGGGAUGAUGUCGUCUUCCAGUGAGAGCCCCGACAUUGCAGCGCAGCAUGACAACAGCACUUUCAUAGAGGACCGCGGGGAAGGCGAGGAGCCUCUGGAGAGCAGAAUCCAGGGCACAACAUCCCCACGGGAAGAGAAACGCGGUGAACGCGACGACGCGCCUGAGCUCAUGCAGGUCCCUUUCUUCGAAUUACAGAACCCCGAAGAGAUGGAACAAGCGUCGCCUCCAACACCAGGGACGCCAGGCCACAGGGAAGCUCGGGGAGACGCUGAGCAAGAGAGUCAAAGGUCAGUUGAGAUGCAGACGGAUGAUGAAAACAGGGAGAGAAACUCUCGUCUGGCGCUCCCUAGUGGCCAAUACACAAGUGACAGCGGGGACACUGAGACGGAAGGAAAGAUGGGAUGUGACAGGCCGCGAGAUGAUGAGAUAGACUGGAAAGAUAAAGGGGAGGAAAAAGAAAGCCACCGGGCAAAAGAAGAUACAGAAACAGAGUUGCCCAAAAUCCAACUCCACUUAACAUCUCAUCAUGCCCACAGCGGGGCCGGAGAACAGGAAGACGACAUUGAUUCAAGCAGCCAUCUAGUCCAUCACGAGUGUAAAAAAACGAUAAAUGUGAUACCCGAUGUAAAAUCUAAAAGCACAGAGGAGGCUUCCGGCCACAUCUAUGAGAUGGAUGGACGGACGGGAGCUGACAGGCCAACAGAUGAUGAGGCAAACUGGAAAGAUGAGGAGGGGAAGAAAGAAGAAGAUCUGCCGCAAAUCCAACCGUCCUUGACCUCUCAUCAUGCUGACAGGAAGUACAAGGAACAGGAAGUCAGCGUAGAUGCGAGCAAGGAAAGCCAUCUUGUUCAUCACAAUGACUGGAAAAAACAGAUCAAUGUCAUACCCGACGGUGAGAAUACGGAAAGUAAUCUCAAGCAUAGAAAUAGUCCUCCGCCUUCCCUCGUUCACCUCUCUGAAAGGCUGCAAGGACCCCCAGAGUCCAGCGGGUCUACCCCGGCGCUAAAGCCGUCCGACGAGCCCCCGGCUAACGACCACGGUGAAGCCGAGCCCCGAGCAUCCCCCCUCUCCAAACACUCAGACGCACCCGCUGUCAAGGCGAGACCCAUGAGCAGAGAGGAGCUGUGGAAAAGGUACAAGCUGGAGAAACGGUUAAAAGAAAGCCAGCAGGACCGAGCGGGGACCGAGCCGGGGAGAGAAGCCAGCCGUAAUCACGGCAGGCGGGCAGAAGCCGAGCGAGUCGGAGGAGAGAAGCCCUCUGGUCACGACAGCGACAUCGUGAAGAAGAGUGAGCAUGAAAGGAGGCCAAAGAAGCACAAGAAGGGCGCAACACACGAAGACGCUGACCCAGAAGAACUCGAGAGGAAACUGAAAAAGUCCAAAAGUCCACAUGAGGGUUCUCAAUGAAGAGGAAUGCUUCUUUUGCCCUCCUUUUUUUUCUUUUUUAAAUACAGUGCUUGUCUGGAUUUGGUUCUUUUUUUUUUUCAUGUUAGAAUCGGAUGAGAGUCAUCCAAGAAUGAAAGUGAGUGAAAUGCCAAAGAAAAGCACUUUAUUCUUUAGAUGGAGCUGAAAAUCAAGCCAGGAAAAGUUACAUUUC